AUGAAUCUCCUGCACUCAGCGUUAGAUAAGGUUCGCGACCGCUAUGCACCGAUCAAACACACCUCGACCUUUCGAUCAACGGGGCAGAUUACUCCUGAAGAGUUCAUUCUCGCAGGCGACUACCUAGUAUACAAGUUUCCCUCUUGGUCGUGGUCAGAUGCUUCAAGUCCUGCCCGCCGCGUUAACUAUCUACCUGCCGGAAAGCAAUUCUUGGUUACGCGCGGGGUACCAUGCCACCGGCGGCUAGACGAUAACUUCGCUGGCGGAAACGGCGCAGCGGAUGAUUUAGUUCGUGAUGGGUUUCUGGGCGGCCCUGACGAUGAAGCUGGCGCCGAUGACGAAGGAUGGCUGCGAACAGGCGGCACAACAGAGAAAGAGCAAGAGGGGUUGAGAGGUGAGGUGAGGACCAUGUCUGAAAGCGGACAACUAGGUAAGAAAGCCAGCGAAGAGGAAGAGGAGGAAGAAAUCCCUGAUAUGGAAGAUGAGGACGACGACAAUGAGGCGAUUAUUCGCGACAAGACCGAGGGUGCUUCUGCACCUUUCCGAUCAUACACACUCUACAUCACCUAUACGCCCUACUACCGAACACCACGAAUGUACCUUUCGGGUUAUUUAUCGCCGUCUGAACCGCUUGCGCCGCACUUGAUGAUGGAAGACAUCGUAGGAGACUACAAGGAUAAGACCGUGACACUGGAAGACUUUCCAUUCUUCGACGCUAGUGUGAAGAUGGCUUCAGUCCACCCAUGCAAGCAUGCCAGCGUCAUGAAAAUCCUGCUCGACCGAGCCGAUGCAGCCCUGAAAUUGCGCCUGGAGAAACAAGCCGCUGGUCAGGCCAGCAGCACAGCAGUUGUUUCUGGCAUGGAAGGUCUGAUCGACGAUACAGCCAGACUCCAUUUACAGAAAGAGGAGCGCCGAGGCCACGAAGCUGGAGUCAAGGCAGCCUCAGGGGGCGCGGGGGAUGAAUGGGAGGUCCUCGAUGAGCAAGAUGCAGGCAAGGACGAGGAGAGCGAGAAGGUCGCCAUCCGCGUCGACCAGUAUCUCGUGGUUUUCCUAAAGUUCAUGGCCAGUGUUACGCCGGGCAUUGAACACGACUUUACAAUGGGCGUCUGA